ACGGUUACCAUUUUCCACUUUGACUGUACUCAAGUCACGCUUGCUCCCUCUUCUCAACUGCUUCCGUCUUUUCCUCAACAAAUUACCUUGGUGCUAAACGGGUUUGUUUUAUUUUUUUGGCUGAAAGAGUAGUGGUGGCUUUCACUUUUUGGAUAAGGAUACAGCAGCAUGCCGUGGUGGCUUAGUCUCUCUGUUGAUGUAUACCGCAAAGUGAUUUCCUUGAACCUGUAUUGCAAAGUGAUUCUGUAACUUGCAAAUCCUGUGACCAAAACUUUUUUUCAAUCUUCUCAUAUUCUUCUCUUCCUCGCCUCACUUCAAUGGGAUCCACUUUCUUUAUUGUCGUUCCUUGUUAUGUCCGUCAGAUCAGUUGAAGGAUAGCUACCACUUCUUGUUUUUAAGCUCUUUCGUCCAACUGAGUCUAGUUUGAUUACCCGUUAUAACCUCUUAGUUGUCAUUAGGGAGCCUUUUUCUCUUUAGGAGUUUACCAGUCUCAUUAGUAAGUAAAUUUUGUGUAUUGUUCAAUUCAUCAAAUUCUGUUCCACUGGCGCGGGACUGUUCAGACUUUACAUUAAUUGUUUGCGGGAACAUUGUGGUUCUUCUAUUUUGAAGGGUUGGAAAGUAGUUAUGGUAUUUCAAGCAGCGAGUCAAACCAGAUUUCGGGCAUUGAAACAUGAGAAUGGAACAGCAGGGAGCUCCACCAUAAUAGUUAGAAUUAUAGCAUGUUUUCAACCUCUCAGAGAAUGCCAGGCUGAAUACUUCCGUCAUUUGCUCAAACCUGUGACGUAAUUGUUUUCUGCCUUGCUCCUUUUGGGUUAAAGAGGUGGUUUUAGUUGUUUUCCUUGUUGGUGAAAGAGAAGCCAUUAGUAAGAGAUAGCUCUUGUGUUGAAAUCGUUUUUCUUCAGAUUCUUUAGGUGAUUGUUCUUGUUGAAUGGGAGAAGAUUGUGGAACCUGGAUACCCCAGCUGCAUUUUGAUUGGCAAUCACACAAUUUGAGUUCCUUUGGUGCUCCCCUUGAUGUGGGGAAGCAGAAUUGUACUUCUGCAGUUAUGAAUCCGUGUGUCGAUAUGGUCACAAGAAAUGAGCCAUUGCCAGCUUAUGUGCCCUCUGCACAACCUCAUUUGCAGUUAGCACAUUCUAAUGAACCUCAUGGUUGGUUUUAUUGUUUGCCUCGAUUUCGUCAGGGGUUUAUGCCUGCUCCAAACUCCACUGCUCAGGAAAAACUCCCUGCUGGCCAUGUGAAAGGUUUUAAGGAGGAAAUUGCACCCAAUGGGGAAUCUGUUUUCCCUCAGAAGCAAUUCCUGGUCAUUGACCAAACUGGUGAUCAAACAACUCUCAUUUACAGUUCAAGAUUUGGGAGUCCAGUUGAGUUCCUUGCUUCCCGCGACUCAAAACUUCAUGGUUCUAACGAUUUGAAUGGGAAUGAACCUUCUUUAAAAAGAGAUUUGAAUCGUGUGGUUGGACCAACUUUGAAUGAUAAAGUUGAUGAAAAUCAGGGAAAUGACAUUGAAAGCGAGAUGCAUGAGGACACAGAAGAAAUCAAUGCAUUGCUUUACUCUGACAGUGAUGGUUAUUCUACUGAGGAUGAUGAAGUUACUAGCACUGGGCAUUCGCCCAGUAUAAUGACCACUCAUGAUAACCAGGAACCCUUAAAGGGAACAGCCGAAGAAGUUGCUAGCUCUGCUGGAAAAACAAAGAAGCGGAAGCUAUUCGAUGGGGCUUAUGAUGACGACACGCACCUCAUGGACACUGCCAGUUCUCUGAAUCUGAGCAGACCCUUUGACAUGGGUGGAGAUGAUGCAGAAUCAAGAUGCUCUAGUGGCAACUACAGUCAAGGGUAUAAGAAGAUGAGAAAGGAGAAGAUACAUGAUGUUUUAAGCAUUCUUCAGUGCAUUGUUCCUGGUGGGAAGGGCAAGGACGCAAUCGAGCUUCUGGACGAGGCCAUACGUUGCUUGAAGUCCUUGAAACUCAAGGCUAGAGCUCUUGGACUUGAUGCCCUUUAAGUGGGAGACUUCUUAGCAUUUAUCAAUGUGUGUAGUACGUUAUAUUUUGAGUUUUGGUCUGCAGAAUAAACAAGGUAUAUUCCCGUUUUAUCUGAAGAUGUAUUCGGCAAAGAAAAGGGGGUGUGGAAGUGUAAAAUCCAAAUAUUGUGAAGGGACCCUUUCUCAACUGAGUUGAAACUUAGAAAUCAGCUGGUCCUGCCUUUGUAAUUUAUGUGUUGUGUGUGAAGAAAGAAGGGAGGUAAUUCAGCAUAAUAUGCCGCAAUAAAGGAAAUAUGAAUCAUUAGUCUAUGUCUUAGGGGUUAGAGAAAGUAGCACUAUCGCAGGCAUGGGAUGUGAGCUGUUUUGAAUGAGAAGACUGGUUGUUCCAUAAAGUACCCAAAUAUGAGAGUGCACGCGUCUUGGUUGUUAUGUGGCCCAACCUCGCGCUACCUCUUUUUGUAUCCUUGUCAUGUUCAAUCCUUUGUGGGUUUACCUUUUCUCUGAUGUACAAAUUUUAUCACUAGCGAAGCACCGUCCCUUUUAUGAAAGAUUGACACAACUUGGGGAAGGGCCCCCUCCUCAUACACUCACAAUUUUCCACUUGGAGGAGACGGUGCAUUAAUGUAAACUCGCUUGGGGGAAACACUGAUUUUUGUGUUCUAUGUUCUGUUUAGUGGUGUUAUUAUUAUGGGCUUCUGUUGUGUAAGGGAUGAUAUCUUGGUUGGAUGUAAUUCAAUGUGGUUGGUGUUACUGUUGUCUUUUUGCCUCUCUAGUUACGUCGCAUGCUCGCAU